AAUCCAGCCGUUUUCUUCAUGGACCCCUGUUUCUCUAUCAAUACCUCGACGUGUGGCUGGUCCAACACCUGAGAACGUACGGAGACGUGGGAUGACGCUUAUCUCAAACCGUAUGGAGGGAUGCCGAGAUCCAAGCUCGAUGACUGGAAGAAGUAGAGACCAUCUGUCAUUUUAAUGUAUCGUGAUAUCACGUUGUGUGAAUACCUAUUGUCCAUAUGGUGCCUCCUACAACUUGUGCCACAAUCUUAUUCGUUUCCACCGGACUCGCCAGCCUGGUUUUAAUUUGAUGGACCCUGCGUGAUGAGUAGAAAAAUAAAAAGAGAGUUUUGUAUAAAACAUCUGCCUCGCGAUCUGUAUUUUAGAAUAAAGUCUGUUUGUGGUUAAAAGUGUUGUUAUUUGGUAACAAACCGCAUGAAUGAUGGACAGUUGGACACCCAGUGCAUUAAAGUAGCAAUCACAUGGCUCCAGCGUGCAUUCUGAUUCAGGAACAAGAUAACUUCUUCUCUCUACUUCAUUUAUUUUUGUGCAGUAGCCUCGUGAUUAGCAGAAAACAUUCAAAAUGAAGCAAAUGUUAUCACAGAACUUGAGAAACUAAGCCAAAGAUACCAUCAAGUUCUACCCAUCUACUGAUCCUUCCUGCUUUUGAUCCAAAAAACACCCAAUUAAGCUAUUUUUUGGAUUCUGCCAAUUCCUUCUUGACAGCCGAAGGGGAUCAGAGUUCUCCUUGGAUCAAGAAGCUCUAAGAUAUUAAUGUUUAUUCUAUCAUUUAUAGCCCGGUAUGUUCUGCUUUUACCCUUUUUGAAGGCAUCUGUUGUAUCGGAUACAACCACCUGCCUUGGCAGUGAAUUCCGUACCUUUAUUGCCCUCACUUUUAAAGAUCCCCCUUUUCUUGGUCGUCUAUGAAAUCUUCAUUCUUCCCGUCUCAGAGGAUGACCUCUGAAGGUCACUGGAAACAACUUACAGCCCUUACAAAGCUGCUUCGUUCACUAAAUAUGGUCAAACCUCUGUAAAGUUUAAUUUCAUUUGUUUACUCCGGGGGAAAAUAAAUUGUCUGUUUUCAUGAAUUCAUCCUGAAACUUUUGCUAAAAGCAUUGAUGGUUUCAUGUUGGGAUCAGAAAAGAAAAAAAAAAGGGAUUACUGGGAGAUAAUUAAAUGACCCUACUAAUGAGCUCAUCAGAUUUCAGCGUAUUUGGUUUGUAUAUAUAGACGGGUUCUAGUGUUUUGCGGAGACAGUAUUUAUUUCCAGCUCUCCAACUUUCGCCCUCGGUGGUGUGAUGGACGCUAGAUCUCUACGGAACUCGGAAUGCGUGAGCCCCACAAUUAGGACAAUCCAGACAAAAUUCUAAAAAAUGGGGCAGAAUCAAAGUUCUGGUGCCGAGGAGAUCGAUGUGGCAGACUUACAAGAUUUGUAUAAGAAGUUUGUGAUCGAAUGUCCUAGCGGAGCUUUGUAUCAACACGAAUUUAGAAGAUUUUUUGGAAUUUCCGAGAACCACGAAGCUUCACAAUUUGUUGAAAGAAUGUUCAGUUCUUUUGAUAGAAAUGGGGACAACGCAAUUGAUUUUCUCGAAUACGUGGCAGCUCUGAAUCUCGUACUACGUGGGAAACUGGAGCACAAGUUACGAUGGUCGUUUAAAAUAUACGACAGGGACGGAAACGGUUCUGUAGAUAAAAGGGAAUUGAGAGAAAUCGUACAGUCAAUUUAUAGUGUGAAGAAAGACUGGAAAAGGGAUCCAGAAACAGAAUUAAUGAGCCCUGACGACGUUUGCGAGAGGAUUUUUCAGCUUGUUGAUGAAAACGGAGACGGCCAGCUUUCACUCGAAGAGUUUAUAGAAGGAGCGAAGAAGGAUGAAUGGGUCUUGAAGAUGCUGCAGCUCAACACAAGUCCGUAUAACUGGGUUAUGGAGCAACGGAGGAAAAGUGCUUUAUUUUAAAAAUGAUCGUAUUUGCCUUGUUUGUUACUUUUGGGAACUCCCAGGGUUUGCCCCUAAGCCUUAGGGGUUUUGCCCCAAUCUCAGGGUGAAGGGGCAGAUUCUCAGGGUUACACAGUCUGACUGCAGGUAGAAUAUUCCUAUUCUACCUGCUGGGAUCAUACAUUAGACUCCCAAUUGGUUCUUUUGCCCCAGUAUGUUACGAUUGAUAUCCCUGCUUGAAUACAGGCGACUCUAUUAAGUGUAUCUUUAAAUAAUGACAAGUCAAGGUUUCCAUGACGACCGGUAUUAGAGCCAUUUGGUUAACACAUUUGAUUAGUCACUACAUAGAAUCUUUAUAACGGGCUAGUAAAGGGUUAAUACUUGGAGAGUCUCCGGGUCGGCUUAUUUAGAAAGUUCCCAGGAAUGGAUAUGACGCAAAUAAUUUCAUUUCCCGUCACUCUAAUGUGACUUUUCUAGCCCGGUAUGAUCCAGAUCUUACCCAACACCUAUCAAAUAGCACCAUCUGCUGGACAUUAUAAUGAAUGCAUCUGUGGGGCAUCUUUUCCACUGAAACCAAUCAAUAAAUAUUAUUACUCAAAAAAA